CUUGUGCCAAGUUCCUGGUCAGGGCCCAGGAGGCCAUCCAGGGAACGCCAAUAACCAUCCAUCCCUGCUACAGCACAGCCGGGAGUGGGGUGGGGUCCACGUUCCCUCCGACUAUCCAAGAAGUUAGAGCCUGAGUACUAAUCAGCCGUGUUCUGUGUACCAGUGUUCCUCCCUGGACCUCGCAAGGGUCUGCCCGGACAACCCAGGGUGACCUUGAGCUGAUUCCCAACUCUGGCAUUGGUGUGUCCUGGCUGGCCGGCUCCUGGUUAUGUCGGGCUGGUGGCAGCCCCUCCUGCCAGCAAGGUGCAGAGCACAGUGCUGGCUGGAGCCUGACCAACCUGAUCUCCUAAUCUAGGUUGGGGACACAGGAGCAUGAAAAUCACAAGUCAAAAUUAGGUGUGGAACCUCAGGGCGGAGCUGGUGUCCUGCCAGAGAUGCCUGGGGGCUGGGGGGAGGACUUGGAGGAGGAGAGGCUGCAGAGGGCAGGGACACAGAGUAGGGGGGCCACACAAAGGGUGGCUCAGAGUGGGGGAGGGGCAUAAAGGAAGAGCCAUACAUAAUCAGCAGCUUUGAGGGGUGUUGGAGCCUGCCAGCCACAGAGGACUUCCCAGGGAGGGAAUGGGGCAUAGUGUGGAAGUGGUGCCCUCAUUUUCAGAGGCUGCAGACACUUCGCUGGAAGGCACACUUGCCACGGGGCAGGCAGUGUGGCAGUUAGAAAUGUGUGGGAUGGAAUGGGCGCGGUGGCUAACGCCUGUAAUCCCAGCAUUUUGGGAGGCCGAGGCGGGCGGAUCAUGAUGUCAAGAGAUCGAGACCAUCCUGGCCAACUUGACGAAACCCCGUCUCUAUUAAAAAUACAAAAAUUAGCUGGGCAUGGUGGAACACACCUGUAGUCCCAGCUACUCGGGAGGCUGAGGCAGGAGAAUCGCUUGAACCUGGGAGGUGGAGGUUACAGUGAGCAGAGAUCAUGCCACUGCACUCCAGCCUGGCGACAGAGCGAGACUCCUUCAAAAAAACGCGUGGGACAGAAUGGCAGGGCCAUCCUGGACGGGAUGGGGCCCCUGACCCCUGUGUGCCUGCGCUCUGCCAGCUCCUGCGCAGAGCAGGUACUCGGGGGAGGGAGGAUGGUUUGCUCCAAACUCAGGUCCCAACUGGUGUCUGACUUGGCUGCAGAAUCCUUUGGGUCCUGGUUUCUUCAUACAUGCAAUAUUGGGGGUUUGGCCUUGGGGGUCUCUUCCAGCUGAGUCCACUUCUGUCCCCAGCCUGUAAACUGUCUGCACCUAUUGACUCUUGAUGGUCUCUGAGGGACUCAACUUUAGAAACUCUGUCCUUUUUGUGCUGCUGUCACAGAAUGCUUGAGACUGGGUAAUUUAUAAUGAACAAUCAACUGGCUCACGGUACUGGACAGGUGCCAGCAUCUGGCGAGGGCCGUCCAGCUGCGUCAUCACAUGGUGGAAGGCAGGAGGGGAGCCACCCCACCCUUUUAUAACCAACCCCAGCCGUUAGGGCGCAGGCUUCAUGGCCUAACCACCCUCUAAAGGUCCCACUCCAUACUGUUACAAAGGCAAUGAAAUUUCAACAGGUUUUGGAGGGAACAAACAUUCAAACCAUGGCAGAAAGUGUGGAAGGAGCAAUAACCACACUGAACAGAACGACCAUGGUAAUUAAACCCCAAGUGAAACCAUGACCCGUUUUACAUCAUCCUGAGAGAACAGUGCAGCUCCAGUACUUGCUGAGCUGCAGAGACAGGGUCCAUCCAACUCGACAGCAUCCAGCAGCCACUCCAGGCCGCCAGCAGACAGAUGUUGGGAGCAGCACUGAUAGUUUGGGUUUUUGUUUGUUUUUUUAAGACAGGGUCUCACUUGCCCAGGCUGGAGUGCAGUGGUGUGAUUAUGGCUCACUGCAGCCUGGAACUCUGGGGCUCAAGCGAUCCUCCCACCUCAGCCUCCCGAGUAGCUGGGACUACAGGUGUGUGCCACCAAAUCCAGCUAAUUUUUGUUACUUUUUGUAGAGAUGGGGUCUCACUAUGUUACCCAGGCUAAUAGAUUUUUUUAAAUGAUCAUACAGGACGGCUGGGUGCAGUGGUUCACACCUGUAAUCCCAGCACUUUGGGAAUCCCAGCACUUUGGGAGGCUGAGGCGGGCAAGUCACCUGAGGUCAGGAGUUUGAGAUCAGCCUGACCAACAUGGAGAAACCCCGUCUCUACUAAAAGUACAAAAUUAGCCGGGCGUGGUGGCGCAUGUCUGUAAUCCCAGCUACUCGGGAAGCUGAGGCAGGAGAAUCGCUUGAACCCAGGAAGCGGAGGUUGCAGUGAGCUGAGAUCGCGCCACUGCACUCCAACCUGGGCAACAAUACAAGACUCCAUCUGAAAAAAAAAAGAUCACACAGGAAAACAGAAGUUCGAUUUCACGUCGUACACUGCUGUAAUUUCAGCACAUGUGGACUCGUGUAACCACCACCAUAACCUUCCGUCACCCCUGAAACUCCCUCCCGCCAGCCCUUUAGGGUUGCCCCUUCCCCCCAACCCCACCAGCCCCUGGUGACCACUGAUCUGUCCUCCAACCCAUAGUGUUUUUCCGGGAAUGUCACAUAAACGGAAGCCGACCAUGGGUCACCUUUCUGGUGCCUUUCUCCCCGCACAAAGUCUUUGUCCUUGUGAAGUUGUCACGUGCCAAACGCUUGUCCCUUUUUCCUGCUGGGUAAUACUCCUGGUGCCGCCCUUGCUGUUUGUUGAUGCACAUCUGGCUGCUUUUCGCUGGCUGCUAGCGGAGCUGCUAGGGACAUGGCCACGGGGCCGUGAGAGCGGAGUUUCCUCUCUCCCGUGACCCUGAGCUGCGCCUUUCUCAGCCGCCUCCCGAGGCCCCAGGCGCUCUGCGGGGGCUCUGGCGGGGUUGGGGGGGUGGGCGUUCUCGUUAUUUCAGCGGCGCUGACCCUGGCCCUGCGGGAGGGACCGUGGGACCCGAGACAUCGCCGCCUGGCCUCCGCUCCCCACCCGGGAGUGGGGCUCGCACCCCCCCAACCUCGGGUAAAGAGGCUUCCGGAAGGAAGGGCGCCCCGCGGACCGCGCCCAACCCUGCCCAGCACAGCCCAGCCCUGCCCAGCCCAGCCCUUCCCGGGGCGGCGGCGCGGGAAGCAGGCGGUGGCGCACGGGCGUCGUCAUGGCAACCCCACCGGCUCCGGGGGCCGGGACCGCUGCCCCCUCCGCCCCUCGAUCCCCGGCCCUCCGCCCUUCCUGGCUGAGGCUGGACCCGGCUGCGCGGGGCGCGAGGCUGCCUUUCCCGGGAUCACCAGGGACCACCCGGCGCGCUCCCCGGGAAUCCGCACCCCUGGCCCCAGCGCUCCGGAGCGACCCGGGUCAGCCCCUGGCUGCCUGCAGUGGGCCCCUGGGCGAACCCCGGGCGGACCCAGGAGUGAGCACCCGGUGCGCGGCAACGAUGAUCCCGCAAGGGAAGCUCACGGGAGGCAGGAGCUGUGGCAGCAGCCCCAGGAUGGGGCGCGGGGAGCGCGCUGAGCUGUCCUUUCCCGCAGCGGCCCCGCGGUUGAAGCGUGGGCUUGGGUUUUGGUUUUUCUUCUGUGGCAACAGUUCUGUUGAGAUAUUACUCGCCUGCCGUACAACUCACCCAUUUUAAGAGUACACCUCAGGGGUCCUGCGUGUAUUGACAAACCCGCCGCCGUCACCACAGCCAAUUUCAGAACAUUUUCAUCUCUUCAAAAGAAACCCUGUACCCUUCAGCUGUCACCCUCCUGGUCCCCAUCCGGUCCUCGUCACGCCCUCAGCAGCCAUGCACUGCCUGUAAAGUCCCCUGUCCUGCCCUGUAGGUGGAAUCUAUACCUUGGGGUCUGUUCUGACGUUCGCCUAACAGUCUUUCCAGGCUCAGCUGUGCUAUCGUAUG